AGCGUACGAGUGGCUCCCAUGUGGCUUUCGGCGUGCUGAGCGCGCGCCUGCAUGGGUGAGUGCCCGCCGCACUCUCUGUGCCCAGGGCAGCCUGCUUGCAGAGGCGCGAUGGACCUCCUGGCGCAGUACAGUGACAGCGACGGGGAGGAGAAGAAGCCGCCAGCCAGCCUGCCCGUGGGGGCGGCGCCCAAAGCGGCGGCCCGAAAGCCUAUCCCCGGCGUCGACCUGGCGCUGCUGCCGGCCGUGGAUGCGGCGCCGGAGGUAGACACGCUGGGCCAGAGCUUAGUGGCGAAGUGGGCCUACAACACCUCGGAGAAGCGGAUUUUGACCAAUCCCAAGAUCGAGGCGCUGAGCAAGCCGCUGAAGGGGCCCAUCCCGGAGGGCAAGCUCACUUUGGAGGAGAGCUUCAACAACCACAAGAUGGGCCGCGUGGAGAAGGCGGCCAUGAGCAAAUUCGCGUUCGAUGAGCAGUAUCUCACCUUCCACAACUUUGGCUACGCCGCCAACCCGUGCAGACAGAUCCCCGAGGGUCAGGAGGUUUUGGUCAGCGGCGAAGCUGACCACCAGCCGGGGCGGGGGAUCUGGGACAAGCCGCGGAGAGGCAAAAGGCAGAGGAUAGAAGGGCCGGACAUGGAAGAGGGCAAGGCCAACGCGGAAUCGGCCAAGUGGGGCGGCUUCAUCGACGGGGAUGUGGUGCGGAAGCAGCUGGAGGUGGAGGUCAAGGCCCGAGAGGAGGAGGUGGCCAGAAAGGCGGAGGAGGAGAAGGCGGUGGAAGGUGAGGAGCGCGAGACAAAGGAGCGCGUGACCUCAAUCUUCCACGGCGGCAAGGAAACCGACUAUGCCGGCCGCUCAUGGAUCGACAACAAGACCCACAUCACCAAAGACGUGGACGACAAGCAGUGCUUUCUGCCAAAGAAGUGGGUCCACACUUGGACAGGGCACACCAUGGGGGUGUCGAAGAUCAAGUGGUUUCCGAAGACUGCCCACCUGCUGCUCUCGGCGGGCAUGGAUGGCAAGAUCAUGAUCUGGGACUACCACAACCAGCGCAAGUGUCUUCGGACCUACUUUGGCCACGAUCAGUCUGUCCGCGACAUUGCCUUCACUGCCGAUGGGCGCCGCUUCUAUAGCGUGUCCUACGACAAGAACAUCCAGUACUGGGAUACCGAGACAGGCAAAAUUAUUGCCACCUUCACGAACAAGAAGACACCCUUUUGCGUGUCGGUGCAUCCUGAUGAGUCUCAGCAGAAUGUCAUCGUGACGGGUUGCUCCAACAAGAAGGCGGUGCAGUGGGACUCCAACACUUGCACCAUCACCCAGGAGUAUGAUGAGCACAUGGGUGCCGUCAACACCGUGACGAUCUGCGAAGAUGGGAAACGUCUUCUGACAUCCUCGGAUGAUAAAAAGAUGUUCCUCUGGGAGUUCGGCAUUCCAGUGGUUGUGAAGCACAUCGCUGAGCCGACAAUGCAUUCCAUUCCCCAGAUCGUCCUGAGCCCGGACCAGAAGUAUGUAAUCGGGCAGUCCAUGGACAACAAGAUCAUCGCCUACGAGGCCUUUGGGCGGUUCAAGUACAUCGCCCGCAAGACCUUUAGGGGGCACAUCAACGCUGGCUAUGCCAUCACGCCCGGAUGGUCCGCGGACGGCAAAUGGGUCAUGUCCGGGGACGCGGAUGGCAAGCUUUGGUUUUGGGAUUGGGCCAAGUGCAAGAACUACCGGGUGCUGAAAGCACACGAUGGUGUCUGCAGUGGCGCUUUGUGGCACCCUCUGCAGACCUCGCGGGUCGUGUCCUGCGGCUGGGACGGCGCCAUUAAGCUCUGGGACUGAGCGCUGAGCGCCGAGAGAUCGCGCGCCGCGAGUUCGAGUUUGCGCCGAGUUAGUGACUCACGCGGUGUGGGGGCCUGGGCUUCUGGGAAUAGCUGA